CAAAUGUUCGGCUAAAAGGGAGGAAAAUUUCAUUAAAAAAUGCCGUCUGUGAUGAAAAGUGAAUCAAAUCUCGCUGCAUUUACCUUUUUCGCGAAGAGUCUCGGCACGGGCGACAUUUGCGGGAGUAAUGGACUUCCCGUAUUACCGAAUUCCAUAUCAAUUAUGGGUCGUUCGCAGUAUUUGAAGACUUUGAGGCAUCCGAAUUUAUGUGAAUUUCUCGAAACGUUGCGAGGAAAGCACGAAAGGACCGUCGUUGUGUCGGAAUAUCAUGGACAGCCAUUGAACGAGUUAAAUCGAACACUUGUUGGCGAUGAUGUGAUGCGAGUUAUGUAUCAAGUAGUCAAUGCUUUAAAUUACAUGCAGGAACGAGAAUUAACUCAUAACAGCUUAGAACCGAACAAUAUUCUCAUCGAUUCUCAAAAUAAUGUGAAAUUAUUCAACUUUGGACUUUUUUAUAUGACAAAUUCCGGGAAAUAUGUUUCGUUUCCCGUUGGAAAUGUAAAAUACACUGCGCCAGAAAGGCUCUUGGGUGAUCGAAACAACAUCAAAGGAGACAUCUGGAGCAUUGGAAUGAUAAUAGCGGAACUCAUGUUGGGCGUUACCUUCUGGAAUAAUCUCAAAAUCUGUCAAAUCACACGAAAAAUCCUCAGUUUACUCAGCACGAACAACGUUUUGGAGAAAAUUGCACGAGAACAUGAAAGAUAUGACGAAUACUUGAAUUUAGAGCCUUCGGUUAAAGCGUUACUUGAAUCCUGCUUAAAUUUGAUGGUUGACAAACGUCCUUUGCCACGUCAAAUUUUGGAAAACGAAAUUUUCGCGGAAAAGGAAAAGUUUGAAGCAAAAUUUGAAACUCCCAAAUCACUUCUGAUGCGAUGUCCAUUGACGCUUGUUUAUUAUUUGUGGCAGCUGGCGGGAGGAGAUGUCUUGUCAGACCUCAAAAAAGCUGGAUUAAUAAAGAACGAAGCCCCAAUUUUGCUGAUGCCGAAUGCCGUUUUACUCGAUGGCAAGGAAGUUGCAUUGCCCAAAAGUCAAAAUCAUCUUUUCGAUCCGAAAAUAAUUUUUCUCAGCUUGAACAAUCUCAUGGAAAAAAUAUCAAAAAUACCGAAACGAGACUUUUUUCCGUUGAUUCACACACCAAAGUUUGGCUACAAGUUCGAUCCGGAGCAACAAAAGCUUCCGUUGGUAAUUCGCGAACGUGAUACAAUUUAUCAGUUUUAUCGCAUGAUGUUGAUGCAACGACUCAUCCAAGGGUAUCCCUAUACGAGAGAUAUGAUUUUGGAGCAGGCACGACAAUUUGACAUUCCGCCGCCGUUACGCGGCAAGAUCUGGAGUUGCAUUUUGGGCGUUAUUAAAACGGGAAAAUACGAUUGGCUCGAUAAGGAAACCGCUACCUCGACAGAUCGCCAAAUUGAAGUUGAUAUUCCGCGAUGUCAUCAAUACGAUGAGUUACUUUCCUCGCCGCAUGGGCAUUUAAAGUUGAAGCGAUUGCUUAAAGCUUGGGUUGUCUCGCAUCCGCAAUAUGUCUAUUGGCAGGGACUUGAUAGCUUAACUGCUGUUUUUUUACAUUUGAAUUUCAAUGAUGAGGAAGUCGCUUACGAGAGUUUAUGCAAAUUCAUUGCCAAAUAUCUGCAUUGGUUCUUUUUGAAAGACAACUCGGCGAUUAUCAAAGAGUGUCUUGCGAAAUUCUCGCAACUCACGGCGUUUCAUGAACCUGCAUUGGCGAAACAUUUAUCGAGUAUCAACUUCAUUCCAGAACUUUUUGCAAUUCCAUGGUUUCUUACGAUGUUCUCGCAUGUCUUUCCUCUCCACAAAGUAAUGCAUUUGUGGGACAAAUUAUUGUUAGGAGACCAUUCAUAUCCUCUCUUCAUUGGUAUCGCCAUUUUACGACAACUGAAAUCAACUCUCUUGCAAUCGGGUUUCAACGAGUGCAUCUUGCUCUUUAGCGACUUGCCAGACAUCGUGAUCGAGAACUGCGUUACUGAAUCUCAAAAGAUGUACGAAUCUACUCCCAAAAGUAUCUGUUAUCGCAAGUACGUGGAAAAGUUCGGCGAUCCCCAUAUCUUGGACAUUGCGAAUCUCGAGUUGUCUGACAUUCAGAAGGAAGUAGCUCCAAGAAUUAGUGCGAAUGAUUUACUUGCAUUAAUGCCGGAUAAAGCUGUGAUUCUUGACAUUCGUAGCAAUCCGGAGUACAAUCGGCAACAUGUCCCAGAUAGUGUUAAUAUCCCCUUUUCACAAGUCAAGCUGGGCGAAAUGGAUCUUGCGUCGUUAGAUGUUCCGGAUUUGGCAAAGACAAUUGCUGGCAAAGUUGUCGUCGUUGUGAGUGCCGUACAUGAGAACGCCAUUUUGUUCUCCAAGUAUCUCGUCGAUUUGGGCGUCAGUCAAGUGUGCAUCCUUCAUCGGGGAUUCCAGAUCUUGCAUAAUAUAUCUCCUUCUAUUCUAGUCUCUUGUUAAUCUUUUGUUAUAAAUUUAUUAUUUACUCUUAUUAUUAUUAUGAAAAAAAU